CUACCCGCUUCCCUCGUGAAUUUUGACGCCGGCAGAAACCCACAGUCCAGCCUCACUGCUCGUGCUCUUUACCCCAGUGGCUGAGUUCCUCUCUCGUUCCACUCUGUUGUUUGCACUCAUCGUUCCCCACUUGCAUCCACAGAGCUCGCCUGUCGCCUCGUCAGACCCGAACGGAUGCCGCUGGAAGCCAGGAUCGCACGGCCAGGGCACAACUUCAACAAAAGAUUCCGAAGGGACUUGAAGGAGUUGGCGAGCCAGCCGGGCAAAGGUUGGCCAACGCCGAGCCGGGCGGAGAGGGCGGCGGUCGGGCCACCGUCGGGCAGACGCCUGAACACGCUCACCAUGCUGUAGCGAAAGGAGAGAACGCCGGCUCGCAGCCUGGAGAGCACCCCCGAAACCUUUUUUUAACCUCUUGUCUACCGUCUGUCCAAAAAUGCCAGUGCUAAAGUUGGCACUGCGUCGUUCCAUGUGGUGACGAGGACACGAGUGGGACCGUCAGGUAGCCCAGCGGGUGGUUUGGGGACACACGAGCACAUCAAGGAGGCAAUUUCAAGGGGCGGGCGUGGUCACACCAUGCGACCCUGGGCGGGUUCAUGGCGUUGGAUCACCCUGGUGCUGUUGGCCUGGGGGACGCUACUCUUCUACAUCGGCGGCCAUUUGGUGAGGGACAGCGAGCACCCGGAGCGCUCCAGCCGAGAGCUCUCCAAGAUCCUGGCCAAGUUGGAGCGGCUCAAGCAGCAGAAUGAAGACCUGCGGCGUAUGGCCGAAUCGCUCAGGAUACCAGAGGGUCAGGCCGACGUGGGCUCCCUGGCCGCGGGGAGGCUGCGCUCGCUGGAGGACCAGCUCACCCGAGCCAAGCAGAAGAUCCACACCUUUCAGAAACUGACAGGCGAUGGCCCGGGGCCCACUCAGGAGGAGCUGCGCCGUCGAGUGGACAACGGCGUCAAGGAAUUUUGGUACUUUGUUCGAAGCGAGGUGAAGAAACUGGCCAAUGUCGAGGCCAACGAGAGGCAGAAAUACGCCGAAACUCUCCUGACCGAUUUGGGGAACCAGCAAAGGUCCAUCAUGGCAGACCUGUACUACCUCAGCCAAGCAGAUGGAGUGGGCGAGUGGCGGAUGAAGGAGGCCAAAGACCUGUCGGAUCUGGUCCAGAACAGAAUCACCUACUUGCAGAACCCGCCGGACUGCGGUAAGGCCAGGAAGCUGGUUUGCAACAUUAAUAAGGGCUGCGGUUACGGCUGCCAGCUCCAUCACGUCGUCUACUGCUUCAUGAUCGCGUACGGCACCCAGCGGACGCUCAUUCUGGAGUCCCACAACUGGCGCUACGCCCCCAGUGGCUGGGAGAGUGUCUUCCUUCCCGUCAGUAACAGUUGCACCGACCGCUCGGGCGCCACCACCGGACACUGGUCAGGGGAGGCCCACGAUAAGGACGUCCAGGUUGUGGAGUUGCCCAUAGUGGACAGUCUUCACCCUCGCCCCCCCUACCUGCCUUUGGCCAUUCCCGAGGACCUGGCGCCACGUCUGCACCGCCUGCACGGUGACCCCUCCGUCUGGUGGGUGUCCCAGUUUGUCAAGUAUCUGGUGCGGCCUCAGGCCUGGCUCGAGAAGGAAAUCCAGCAGACCACUGCCAAACUGGGCUUCAAACACCCCAUCAUUGGCGUCCACGUGAGGAGGACGGACAAAGUGGGCACGGAGGCAGCCUUCCACCCCAUCGAGGAGUACAUGUUGCACGUGGAGGAGCAAUUCCAACAUCUGGGCCGCCAUGCCCACGUGGACAAGAAACGAGUCUACCUCGCCACGGACGACCCCUCCUUGCUGCAGGAAGCCAAAACUAAGUAUCCUGACUAUGAGUUCAUCAGUGACAACUCCAUCUCGUGGUCUGCGGGCCUUCACAACCGCUACACUGAGAACUCUCUGAGAGGGGUCAUCCUGGACAUCCACUUCCUUUCCCAGACGGACUUCUUGGUCUGCACCUUCUCCUCCCAGGUGUGCCGCGUGGCCUACGAGAUCAUGCAGACCCUUCACCCGGACGCGUCGUCUUUCUUCUACUCGCUGGACGACAUCUACUACUUCGGAGGCCAGAACGCCCACAACCAGAUCGCCGUGUACCCCCACCAGCCGCGCAACGGCGAGGACAUCCCGCUGGAGCCCGGCGACGUGAUCGGCGUGGCCGGCAACCACUGGGACGGAUACUCCAAGGGCAUCAACCGCAAACUGGGCCGCACCGGCCUCUACCCUUCCUACAAGGUCAAAGAGAAGAUCGAGACGGUCAAGUACCCCACCUACCCCGAAGCCGACAAACUGCUCGAGUCCCACAAGAAAUGAAAAGGGGUAGGGGGAAAAAGUAUCAAAAUCCCCCCCCCCACCCCAAAAAAAAAAAAGCAUCCGAAGAUGAGGAGGAGAAAGCUGUAGACUCCGGUUUCCGGGGAAGGAGUUUAUUUUAAUUUUUUUUUGUACAGAAGGAAGAGAGGCCUGCCUAGCACGCUAGAUGAGACGAAAGGACCUGCAACCAUGGGUGACAGGACUGCACUCUGUGUGUGUGUGUGUGUGUGUGUGUGUGUGUGCGAGAACGUGUAUGGAGGUGUGUGCACUUGUGCUUGUGUCAGGUCAGAGAGAGGACUUGCACCACUACCCCCCCCCCCCCAUCUGACGCAUUCAAGCAGGGUCUGUUGAGUCUGUAGAUUUUAAAUAAACUGAGAAAACGUGACCAAAAAAAAAAAAAACUGUCCCGGGACAGAGCGGAUCUUUACUGUAAAGACUGGAAAAAAAGCCCCCCCCCCCCGACAACCCUCCUCCAGCCUCUCACCCCGCCCCCAUUUCCCAGUUUGCAAAACUGGCGGGAAAAAAAAGUGUUUUAUUUAAUUCCUUGUGGUUUUUAAUUCUAUACUUGCCUUUUGUUUUUGUUUUCUCUUUUUGUUUUGUUACCGAAUGUACUGUAUUCUCUUUUGGCCACGCUGCACUCCCAUGUAAUUCCUCCAACUCGUCCCACGUGCAAUUAAUUUUCAUAUUCCACAUCGUGCUUUUAAUUCUUUUUUUUUUUUUUUUGCUGCCUGUGCGAUGUGUACUGUAUCACGUGUGUGUGUGUGCGUGUGUGUGAGAUAGAGAUGAUGUGUGUGUGUGUGUGUGUGUGUGUGUGCUGCUUUCAAGGGGCCAUGUUAGCAACCUGCCUGGUGCCUGCCUUUUUUUUUUUUUUUUUCUCCCACCGCCUCCGGACUCAAUUGUGUUUGUGUGCCUGGCAGCGUUGCGAGGGCGGGGGGGAAUGGUGUGUGUGUGUGUGUGUGUGUGUGUGUGUGUCUGUCUGCGUGCGUAUAUGUGUGUAUGUUGGGGGCACUUUGGACAAUGGAGAAGCUGGGUCACCCCCCCACCUCGCCCCCUGCCUCGUGAACAAUGGUCAGAUUAUUAGGAUGAUGAUGCACAUCAACACGCUAGCCAAAUGAAGCACUCCGCGGCUCUCUUCAGUUCCAUCCUUUUAUUUUUAUUUUUUUCAACUCUUUUAAAAUGAAAGAGGGCAAAUGUGUUUUUAAAACGAUAUCGCUGUCUCUUCUCGAAAGCCAUCAUUUCAUGACUUAUGUUCCUUGGCAUUGUCUUUGAUGACCACACAAUCGAAUAAACUUGAGAAACCGA